UAAAGAAGGCUGAUAUGAUCCGUAAGAAUGCUGUUGAGAGUAUUUUAGCGGAGCGUAACAUCCUUAUCUCAAUUCGUAACCCGUUCGUGGUCCGGUUUUUCUAUUCUUUCACAUGCCGUGAAAAUCUUUAUCUGGUCAUGGAGUACUUGAAUGGAGGAGAUCUCUUUUCCUUGCUGAAAAAUCUUGGUUGCUUGGACGAAGACAUGGCCCGUAUUUAUAUUGCAGAAGUGGUGCUUGCACUGGAGUAUUUGCAUUCAGUAAAUAUCAUUCACAGAGACUUAAAGCCGGACAAUUUGUUGAUCAAUCAGGAUGGUCACAUCAAGUUGACGGACUUUGGGCUUUCCAAGGUUGGUCUUAUCAACAGCACAGAUGACUUAUCAGGUGAUGCAUCAUUGGGAAAUAGUGAGUUUUUAGCAGAAGAUGGAAACACUCAACAUUCACAAGACAAAGAUAGCCGUAAGAAACAUGCAGUUGUUGGAACACCUGAUUAUCUUGCACCUGAAAUACUUCUUGGAAUGGGUCAUGGUAAAACAGCUGAUUGGUGGUCAGUAGGUGUUAUUCUUUUUGAGGUUCUCGUGGGUAUUCCUCCUUUCAAUGCAGAAACCCCACAGCAAAUUUUUGAAAAUAUAAUCAACAGAGAUAUACCAUGGCCUAAUGUGCCAGAUGAGAUAUCUUAUGAAGCAUAUGAUCUGAUCAACAAGCUGUUAACCGAAAAUCCUGUACAAAGACUAGGUGCAACAGGAGCUGGAGAGGUGAAACAGCAUCACUUUUUCAAAGAUAUUAACUGGGACACGCUUGCCAGGCAGAAGGCUAUGUUUGUACCAUCAGCUGAGCCACAAGACACAAGUUAUUUCAUGAGCCGAUAUAUAUGGAACCCGGAAGACGAAAAUGUUCAUGGAGGCAGCGAUUUUGAUGACCUUACAGACACAUGCAGCAGCAGCUCCUUCACCACACAGGAGGAAGAUGGGGAUGAGUGUGGCAGCAUAGCAGAAUUAGCAAAUGGACCCAAUCUUGCUGUGAAGUAUUCCUUCAGCAAUUUUUCUUUCAAGAACCUCUCACAACUGGCUUCGAUCAACUACGAUCUUGUCCAGAAGAACGCUAAGGAAUCAACAGAAGCUUCAAACCCAUCAGCCCCUUGAACCAAAACCGAAACCAAAAAACUAGCUCUGGGCCCAGAAGUAUGAUGAUGAAUGUGUGUUGAGCAUCUACGUACUUCAAGUGCUGAUUGGUUUUGGUUCAUCAAGCCGUUGGUUUCUUCUCUAUGGGGAAAGAAAACAAAAGGUAAGAAUAACUGGGAAGCAUAGCGCAUUAGAUUAGGAAGCAAAAAGAGCUACAGAGAUCUCAUCCCUCAAGAUUCUUCAAGAUUACUACUCUCAUCUCUCUCGCAUAUGUAUACAAAAAAAAAAAUAACAACUCUUUUUCGUUGUUGUUUUACAUAUGAUAACAAAGAUCCCCGUUAAACCUAUUUCGAGGAAUCUACUCAAGAACCAAAUUAAGCAGCUGGUGAAGAAGAUUGUACCAAUCUUCAAAGUUUAACUUAUAUAUUUAUAACUUUUAAGAUUGUAGCAAAGCUUUUUUAUUUUUACUUUGAACAUGUUUACUUGAUGUGAAGGCUUUGUUCAUUGCUUUAGUACGUACCUUCAUACAAGGAUGAAGUUAAAAGCUGUAGAGGCUAUAUAGUGACGUAAAUAACGUUUAUUAUUAAUCAGAAAAUACAAAAUACUAGCUCUUGAUGAUGUUA